AUGGUUGCUGCAGAUGGCAGUUCCUCAGGCUCAGGUAAGGGGCAGAUCUAUAGUGUCAUCGCUAAGCUUGUCUUCAUGGACCACAUCAAGUAUGGUCCUGCAUACUCAGUCAAUCCAAAAAAAUUCCGCAAUGCAGUGUGCAAUCAUAUCAGGAUUCUUAGGGGUAAAUACAAAAAAAAUCCAGCUGAGGGGACUCCAGCAAAAAAUCUGCUAGGUGCCUUCUACUCUCUCAUUCGACCACAUGGUGGGGCUGGUCCUUCAAUGUACUAUGGCCCCAGUCAGCACUCAUCACACACUCCCAAUGUCUCAAACCCUCCAUCUGCCUACCAACCUGGGCCCUGCCAGCCUCCUAAUGAAAUUUGUUUGCUGGUGCCCUUCCCCAGUUGUGGGGAAGAAGUGUCAACUUCAUUCAUCACCCUCUCCUCCUCCCUCCCCUCCAAAACUGUUCAUCAUGCCAUUAAGAACUCUGGCAUCCACAUACAACAACCACUCAGUGUUUGGUGUCCAAAUGCCAUCAAGCUAUGGGGGGUGACACAAAGUGCUACAUCACUUCCACAUAGUGCCAGUGGCUUGAAGAAGAAAAAGGCCAAGUUGAAUGUGUUGCAGCAGGUGGAGCAGGACAGACAUCAACCCUACAUCAUCAAGCUCAAAGCCAAAAGUGAGCACAAUUGUGACAUAAAGAAAUAUGACUGGCUUCGCACUACCCAGGAGCAUAAAGUCUCCCAAGCCAUGGUCAGCUAUCAGCACCUGCAAGAGGCCAAAGAUACCCAGAUUUGGCUUCAUGAGACAGAUAUUCAGGUCCACCAAGCACAUUCCUUGGUGCUUGACAAGGAAGCAGAAAUCCUCUGCCUCAAGAUCCAGUUCCACCAAAUGAUGCAGGCCUCCAAGGCCACAUCAGAUGGAAAAACUGGAUGA